AUGGACAAAUGUUAUUGCCUUUACAGAGUUAAAGAAGCAGAAAGUCAUUAUUCUGGUAUAUGUGAAGAACUAGAGAGUAACAAUAAACAACUAGUUUACUGUAAAUGUUUACCAUCAGGACCAGAGUGUUCACCUUAUAAUGAUAUAGUAUCUUGUUAUCAGGAUGAUGAUAUAGAGCUCUCCAUUACAGAUGGAACUGAUGUAACCAAGUUGUUUUUACAAGAAGCUAUAUCACCAUUAGGCUGUACAGUAGAUACUAAAAAAGUUAUCUUCGAAUAUGAAGUAUCGACAUUCCCAACUCCACUUGGUAAAACAGAAGAUGAUGCACGCGAGUAUUGUUUUAAUUAUAUUGUUAGUACAAGUAUUGGUGGAUCAUGUUAUGAAAUUGGAUUACUCGAUGCUGAGAUCGAGAGAACCUUACAAUCCUGUAUCAUUGAUAUUAAGAUCACAGAUGAUUUGACAUGGGCAGAAAAUGCUUUAACCAACUUUGUUGAGCAAUGUUUAUCACUAUACAGUAGAGAUGUCACCUUAUGGAGUAGAGGAAGAGUAGAUUUUAUCGUCACUGAAAUUUGCCCUAAUCUGUGCAGUGGAAAUGGUUAUUGUUCUCAAGGUGCGUGUAAAUGUAAUGAAGGAUAUAUAGGAGCUGAUUGUUCUGUCAAUAAAACAGUAGCGCCCUCUAUCAAAUUUACUACUGGAAACCAGUGUGAUUUGAAAGUGAAUGAAUGUAAAAGUAUUGGUAUAUUGGGUGGACCGUUUAUCAUCUCUGACAACCUUACGUGUAUUGUCACCAAAUUACAGUAUGAUGGCGAAUACAACUACGUAUCAACUGGUGUUACAGUUACUACACAAACUAUAUUUUUUACCUAUGAAUAUAUCCAAUGUAAACUGCCAUCUAAAGGCUCGUAUGAAAUUAGUGUUACUAAUAAUGGUUUACUGGUCAGUACAGUCCAGACUUACAAAGUCUACGAUACAAGAUGUUUUGAAUGUUCUGCUGAUGGAUGCAAGCUGAAGGACAAAUAUUGUUAUAUAGAUGAUACAUGUUAUAAAAUAGGAGAUACAUCUGAUGAGAAUGAUAAUUUAUUAUGUGAUCCUCAACGUAACAUUACUAGCUGGACAAAUCGUCAAUCCUUUACUGAUAUAGGAGUGAUCCCUACCUUAAAAACCAGCUAUAAUAAAACAGAGCCAAUGUUUAACUUUGUCUGUGACUGGUCUAGUUACGUUGAUAAUGAUACUACUCUCACUAUCUUUACACAAUGGUUUGUGGAUGAUGUCCAAAUUACUGAAGUAGAAAUAGAAAGAAAUGUCACCAUGGAUACUUUACCACGAUCCUCCAUUGAUAGUUUGGAUUAUGGUACUAAGGUUUUCUGUGGUUUAGUUGCAUGUAUAACAACAGAUUGUAACAAUACCAGAAGUCCAUUAGUCAAAUCUGAGGAUUUUAUUGUGGAAAUUCAGGUCAUAACUAAAUCUACCUUAAAAAUUAAAGAGGGUGAAGAUGGUAAAGUUUUCAGAGUCAAAUCAACAUUUCCACCAUCUAUUCUGUGUCCAGAAACCAAACCAGAUUGUUCCAUUCAACUGAAAUACCAUAUCCCGUCUGAUGCAAAAGACAUCUAUUGUCCGAGUUCCAAACAAAUCAUGCCGCAAGCUGUAAUUGAACAAGUCAAGGGGGAUAACUCUACUGUACCAGCCUGUGGUAUUUUCCUAACAGAAGAGAAUUGGAUGACGCAGUUUACUAUUUCUGUCCGAGCAACAGUUGAUCUGAAAAAAGACAAGAACCAGAAACGCAAAGUUAUGAUUAGCACUGAAAUUCCCUCCAGAAAUUCUACAGUGACCUUUGUUACUUAUCAAAUUGGUCAAAUUAACUUAGAAAUAGAAGAUAACGACAAGGGUUCAACUUGUUCUUCUGUCAAUGAUCCUCAUAUUACAACAUUUGAUGGUAGAUACUAUAACAACUUCUUCCUGGGAGAGUUUAUUUUAUACAGACAUGUUAAAUUCAGUUACGCUGUUCAUGCCUUCUACAGACCGUGCUCUAGUAAUAACAAGAGAAAAGGAGCAUCAUGUAAUUGUGCUGUAGCUGUUAAAGUAGAUGAUGAUGUAGUUAUCAUAGAUAAAUGUGGGCCUAAGAAAGAUUAUAAUAGAAAGCAUCCAGUCACUGUCACUUUGUAUAAAAAUGGCGAGGUGACACCUGGUUUCCAAGUCAUACAAUAUAACAAGGGCAGAAAAUACACUAUUAUGUUACCAAGUGGUAUGAUUGUCUCUGUUAAAGUUAACGGACGUAAUAUCAACCUGUUUGUUCAAGCCUCCUCUGUGGAUUUCAAGCAAACAGAAGGUUUAUGUGGUACCUAUGAUAAUGAUAAAGACAAUGACUAUCUGACACCAGAUGGAAAAUAUCUGUCUCUCAAGGGUAAAUUCCCAGAUGACUUCUCAAAACUUUGGAGAGUAAACAAAAAGGACAGUAUAUAUGGUGGUGUAUGUGCUAGUACUGAACUAUCAAGACAAACUGCCACCACAUAUUGCACAUGUGGACAAGGUGGAGAUAUCAGUUGUGCUGGAAAUGGUUUUGUACGUGGCUGUUUUGAUAGUUUGAAGAAACGAAAACGAGGUACUGAUGUAACAGACUAUUUGAUAUCACAAUCAUAUACCAGAACUACAAACUGUGAUACACAACCAGAUACAAUAUUUGUAUUCGACUAUAUGAUACAUGAUGUUAUAAAUUUGUAUUGUACAGAUGUAACAGAUUAUCUGAUAUCACAAUCAUAUACAAGAACUACAAACUGUGAUACACAACCAAAUACAAUAUUUGUAUUCGACUGUAUGAUACAUGAUAUUAUAUAUUUGUAUUGUACUGAUGUAACAGAUUAUCUGAUAUCACAAUCAUAUACCAGAACUACAAACUGUGAUACACAACCAAAUACAAUAUUUGUAUUCGACUAUAUGAUACAUGAUAUUAUAAAUUUGUAUUGUACUGAUGUAACAGAUUAUCUGAUAUCACAAUCAUAUACAAGAACUACAAACUGUGAUACACAACCAGAUACAAUAUUUGAAUAUGAUGAAACCUAUAUACAUAAAAUUCCAACAUGGCCGUCUGGUGAAUAUACUCUAGAAACAGCAACUGAAUUCUGUCAGAAAUAUGUUUUACAAAGUCAAGUUGGUAACGUUUGUACUAGUAAAAUACCUGCCUUAAAUACAUUCUCUUCAGUACAAGCUUGUAUCGAAGACAUUCAGGUAUUUGGUGAUACAUCAUUCGCUCAAACAGCUUUGGAAAGUUUGAAAUUACAAUGUACCAUAGUAAUAGAGAUCAAUAUUGAAUUCUGGAUUACCAUCAAUGGUGUAAUAACAAUAGACCCAGAAAUAGAUGACAUUAUCUGUCCUUUUGACUGUAAUGGACAAGGAACUUGUAAAAAGGGAGAAUGUGAAUGUAACAGAGGAUUUGUUGGUGAUGAUUGUUCAAUAGAUUUAAAUAUACCACCAUCUGUGUUUAUACCACUCUCACCAAUUUACUGUAAUACCGCCAACAAACCUUGUACCACACAGGUCUUGAUUUAUGGUGAAAAUUUCUAUGAUUCCAAUGAUUUAGUGUGUCAGAUUAGACAAAUACAGAUCUCCUCUACAGAGUUAACAAUUUCUAAAAGUUCUGUCUCAGUGAAAGCUACAUUUAUCAACCUGAACACUAUACAAUGUGAACUCCCCUCACUGAUAAGUUACGCUGUCAAGAUAAGUAACGAUGGUGUCACUUUUAGUGAUGAUGUCAACAUACUGAUGAUCAAUACUGAUUGUGUCAAAUGUGACUCACUGGACUCCUGCAGAAUCAUGCCUGAUAUGUGUUAUAUUAAUGGUAAAUGUUAUAAUAUUGAUGGUGUAUCAGAAAAGGAUGUCAACAUGUUCUGUAUACCUUCCAAAACACAGAUGGCUUUUUCACCAAAACCAGAUUACCCAAGUGUUAAAAAACCAACCCUGAAAAUAGUAGACCUAGAAGAGAGUCCAUACCAACAACUACUGUGUGAAUUUGACCGAGUUGAUAGUAGAGAUCUUCAAUAUUUAGUAUAUUGGUAUACAAGUAGUGAGACCAUAGUAGAUAACGGUCCUUUUACUAGUGUCAAAAAUAUAAGUACUACUACUGCUGAAUCUUUUACAUCCUUUAACUAUGGUGAAAUGGUACAUUGUGGUGUGACAGUAUGUUAUACAUUAGAUUGUGACAAUACACGCUCUCCAGUAGUAAAUAGUACCAUUAUAACUGCUACAGUACAGGUGAAAGAAACAAACAUCACUAUCAUAGAAGGUCAGAAGGCCCAAAUGGUUCAUGUUCACAGCCCAUUUUCACCAGGCUUCUUCUGUGGUAACAUGUCUGCAUGGAAGUCAUGUCGGUAUGUUUUAACAACUAAGAUAGAAAUUGCUGAAGAACUGAUAUGUGGUAAUAUGGUUGUCAAUCAAGCUGUUUUUGGCGAGUCCAUUGACAAGGUGCCCUGCAGUUUAGGAAUUACGUGGCAGAACUACAAAGAACCACUUGCCAUACCAGUUAAAGCUACAGUUGAUUCCUUACGUGAUGGUGACCAAACUAGAAAGCUUAAAAUUUCAGUUAAACUUCAUAAAGAUGAGGAGGUUUUGGAAGAAGUUACAUUGGAAUCUGUUGAGUUGACUAUAAAAGACAAUGACAAGAAAGCAUUAUGUAAUAUUGCAAACUAUCCUUAUAUUACAACUUUUGAUGGCACGUCAUACAAGCAUUUUAUGGAGGGAGAAUUUAUUGUGUAUAAACAUAAAACAAUGCCAUUUGAGGUACAUGGUCUGUUUAGUCAAUGUAAAGAAAAUUUACCAUGUAGUUGUGGUGUAGUAAUUAAAUCACAUGAUGAUGUCAUUGUUUUGGACAAAUGUAAAAUGGCAGACGCAGGACACAGACCACUAUCAGUUCAGGUGUAUAAGAAUGGUGAUUUCGCUGAAGGUACCAAGAUUGUGCGUUACUCUUCUGGCCACAAGUACAAGGUAUUCCUACCAACUGGUACUACAGUCACAGUGAUAGCUGAAAAACAACACAUUAGUUACUGGAUUCAAGCUUCUACCUAUGAUUACCAACAAACGAUGGGUCUAUGUGGUAGCUAUGACAACGAGAACUCCAAUGAUUUGAUGUUAGCAGACAACACCCAGACAACAGAUACUAGUGGUACACCUAGAAAAUUCUCACGAAGCUGGAGAACUGACAUGUCUCUGUAUUAUGGAUAUUGUCCCAAUGGUGAAGAUAAGAAGAUGAUGAUGGAGAUGCCAGUGUACUGUAAAUGUAAUGAGAAUCAGAAUGAAAUCUGUCAAGCUCAGUUAGAUGUAACGAGAUGUACAGGAAGUGAUGAUAAGAGUCUAACUGGUAUUCUAAGGGGUGAUGAUGUAACUGAUCAGUAUGUAAAACUGUCUAUGAAACCAAAACAGUGUUCUUGUAACCUACGAGAGCCUCCAUUGAUGUUCAAAUAUGAUGUGGAUUAUGUCUAUAUUGAUGCUGGAUGGCCAACUGAUGCUCCAAUAACUGAAGCAGAUGUCAGGAAGCCAAGUUUUAAAGAAACAUUAUUCAAUACUACAGUCUAUAAACAAUGUAUGAAAGUUACAGGAAUACAAUUGAAUUAUAAAACAGCCUUUGAAUCUUGUAUAGAACGUAUAAAGAUGUUUGGGUAUGAGAAAUCGUUGCCAUGGUGUUCACAUGUUCAAUUCAAUGUUAUAUAUGAGUGUUUGUAUGAAGUUACAACCAAUGUUGAAUUAUGGGUAAACUCUAAACCACCAGCCAUUAUUUUAAAUAUUGUUUGUCCAAACAAUUGUAACAUGAAGGGAACAUGUGUUGAAGGAGUUUGUGUCUGUGAAAAAGAGUAUGGUGGCGUGGAUUGUUCUAUAGAUACCAGUCAACCGCCAACAGUAACUGACGUACUAUCAGGAUCUCUAUGUGAUGCUGCUACCAAUAAAGAUUGUCAGUCAGUAUAUAUUACUGGUAGUGGAUUUAUUGACAAUGGAACUCUUACUUGUCAUAUUCAAGCAAUACAGGUCAAUGGCCAAUAUGACAAGGAACUAAACCAAACAGAAAUGCCAGCUAAGUUUAUCAGUGGAGAAAUGGUGAAAUGUGAGCUACCAGCCAUGUCCAAUGUCAAUAUAUCUAUCAGUAAUAAUGGUGUUCUGAUGAGUGAGAAUGCUGUGGAUUACAUCAUAUAUAACCCAACAUGUGAGAUGUGUAAUACUACAGUCUGUACACCAAGGGAUGACAUUUGUACCAUCAGAGAGAAGUGUUAUGAAUGUGGUCAAAUAUUUAGAGAUGAUCCUACCAAAGUUUGUCGACCAAGUCUAAACAACACAGAAUGGACAGCUAUCAAAGAAGAGGACAUAGACAUACAAAGAUACCAAGUGGACAACAUUGAUGCUGAUACUUUAAGCACAUUAUCUGGAAAUUUUGAUAUCAAAGGAAAACCAACUUUGGUAGAAGGAUUUGGUGGUGGAAAGGCUAUUCGAGUCAAUAUUGCAGACGACAAAUUGACAAUGAAAGACAACCAUCCAGUCUUAUCCGACUUACAAAACUGUUCACUUGGAUUCAGAUUGAAAUUUUAUCUCAAAUUCGAGUCGUUCUGUGAAGAUACCCUUAUUCUCCAUACCGAUGGAGGUGCUGCAAAUGGAAUGGGAAUGUCUGUUUCCUACAGAUGGGGUCAACUCUAUUUUACUGUCACCACAGAGGACAAAGAAUGGACCAUUGCUUCUUCUUUCAAGCUUAUUGACAAAUUUGUUGAAUUUGAACUGAACUGGGAGAAAGGCUGGGGAAUGGAACUCAAGGCCAUGGAUACGGUGUGGAUGAUGAGAGAACAUUGUAAACGUAAAACAUCAGGUUUAACAAAGGGUCCUCUAACCAUUGGUGGCUUGAUGUCUGCUCCAGAAAAAUGUAACGGCCAUUUUGUUUUUGGAGGAUUAGAAAUUUCUAAUGUUCCAAUACUCGUUUUGGAUGCCAUGGACAUUAUAACAGAUGUUCCUGUUUUACUUCAAAAACCAACUCUAAGCAUUAGUUUUGAUGACAUCAUGGAUGGUGGAGAUAUAGAGACUCUGGAAGCCAAAUUUAAAUGUGAAUUUGAACGUCUAGAAAGGUCUGAUGUAGAAUAUACGGUCAAAUGGUAUAUAGAUGAUGAAGAAGUGAAAAAUGUUUCUUUAACCAAGGAAUCUGAAGAUUAUAUGAUGGAAUCUUCUUACAAGAAAUGGACCUAUGGGAUUAAGACAUAUUGUAUGGUGACACCAUGUUAUAAAUUUGAUUGUAAGAAAUAUGAAGGUCCAGCUCAAGCCAGUAAUGUCAUCACAGCUGAAAUAUUGGUGAAAGAAGAAAAACUUGAAUUGAGUGAAGGUCAGUCUGUUAUGGUUCAUGUCCAUUCUACGGUACCACCACAUAUGUUGUGUCCUGUUGGUAGACCAGAUGUAGCUAAAGGAACAGCUACAGUCAAUAGUCAACUUGGUGAAUUUGAUGGCAAACAGCAGAUCUGUCCAGGAGACAACCCUCUGAUUCAAGCUGUUCUUGGAUACACACAAAAUGACUCACCAUGUAGAUACCAAAUAACAGAUAGUAAUUGGAAUAAGCCAUUAGAGAUUCCAGUACGAGCCACUGUUGAUGGUGUUCUUGAUGGUGCUGUAAAUGGUAUGUUAAAGAUUUCAACAGUCAUUAACUGUGACGGAAUGACAGACAAAAUUGAAAAGGAUUUCAAGCCAAUUCAGAUUAAGAUUGAAGACAAUGAUAGUGAGUUAUUAUGUGAAUCUAUUAAUGGACCUCAUAUUAAUACCUUUAGUGGAAUUACUUUUAACAACUUCUUUGAAGGAGAGUUUGUGUUAUAUAAACAUACCAAGAUGCCUUAUGAGGUACAUGGUUUAUAUAAAAAAUGUAAUGCAUUUGCAUCUUGCAAUUGUGGUGUAACAGUCAAAGUGGAUGAUGAUGUUCUGGUGGUGGACAACUGUACACCAGAAAAAGGUCUUCCAGCUCUGGUAACCCUGUACAAAAACGAGGAACUCACUCCAGGAUUCUUAGUCUUAAGAUAUGAAGAUGGUGCUAAAUUAGAGAUUGUGUUACCAUCAGGAACCACGGUUACAGUCCGAGUAGAAUCAAAUCCUGUCCUACCAAACUAUCUCAAUGUUUGGAUCAAACCAUCACCAUUAGACAUUCAACAAACAGAAGAUAUUUGUGGUUCUUCAAUUAAAGCGACAGUUGCUCCAUUUUGGGGGGUUGAUUUAAGUCGUGAAUCAAAUGGUUUAUGUGGUGUUUAUUCUCCUGUUAAAAAAGAGAAUGAAGAGACUUUGAAACUACCAGAUGGCAAAUAUUUUACACAACGUAAUAUCAACCUUUUUACAGUUGCUUGGAGAGUAACAAAAGAAAUGAGAUUAUAUAAUGGUUAUUGCCCAGAAGAGACAGUUGAAACUGAGAUAGUAAAGUAUUGUAGUUGUCAAAACACAGAUAAACCUUGUGAAACUGAUACCUUCAAUAUCAAUUGUCGACCACCUAAAACUGUAAAUGAGGUUAUCACUUAUGCUGAUAUAACAGAGGAAUUAGUCAAAUUAUCUAUUGAACCUGUUAAAUGUGUGACACCAGGAGAAGAAAAGGAAAUAGAUUAUGAUGAUAACUUUAUGGCUAAGGUACCUGAAUGGCCAACACCUGGAGGACUAGAAUAUGAGGAUGUCAGGAAGAUCUGUCAACAGGCCAUCAACAUUAAUCAAGCAUCUCAAGGCUGUAUAUCAUUACCAGGUUUUAAUAUUAAAAAGUUAUUGGAGUGGUGUAUAGCUGAUAUUCAACCAACUGAUAAUAAAAUUUGGGCUGACAUUUUGGUUGUUAAUGUAAAAGAAGAAUGUCGACAUAGAAUUACCAUUAAGAUAUCCAUCUGGAUAACUAUAACUGGUACCAUUACUAUACCAGAUAUCUUUGCUAACAUCUGUCCUAAAGAUUGUUCUGGUAAUGGUAAUUGCGUCAGAGGCAUUUGUGUGUGUAAGGAUGGUUUCAGUGGUAAGGCCUGUUCUAUUGACACCAACAAACCACCAGAGUUAACAGGAAUUAAAGGUGGCUUGGCCUGUGAUUUUGGUGCAAAUGAUUGUUCAGAAGUAACUAUAUUUGGAAAGGGCUUCAUCAAAGGAAAUGACUUGACCUGUCAUUAUACUGCAUUAGAUAUGAAUUUGGUAAAAAAGAGGUUUGAAGAGACAAAUGAUGUCUUCACAACAAAAGCUGUCUUUAUCAGUAGUCAAUCUGUGGUCUGUCGUUCACCAAGAAACGAAGCUUUCAUCAUCAGUGUUAGCAAUGAUGGCACGAAACUCAGUAAAAGCAUAUACUACAUAGCCUAUGAUCCAAUUUGCAUGCUGUGCAAUAAUAAAGGAUGUUAUGUCAAUGAUGAUAUUUGUGUGAUUGAUGGGAAAUGUUACAAAGAUGGCUUCACAAAUCCAACUGAUCGCAGCCAAGUCUGUCAGCCGAAAAAAUCUGUCAAUGAUUGGCAACUCCUGAAAGUGACAGACGUAACAAUCCAAAGAUUCAGAUUUAUUCGUAUCAUUGGCAACAUCCUCAUUACUUCACAGUUCAACUUUACUGUAUUUGGUAAUCCAAACUUUUUACCAGGACCACAGGGUGGUAACGCCUUAGUUUUGGAUGGAAUCAAACAGUAUCUUGAUUUUGGUGAUUACCAAAACACGUGUUUGUUUGAUCUUGGGCAAUGUAGAUAUGGUUUGUCAAUUUCCUUCAAUCUCCAAAUAAGGAAAUUUGUCAACAAAAUGCAGAUACUGAACAAUGAUGCCAUUAACAUGUGGUGGGAAGGAAAUAGACUCUAUCUUCAAGUCAGACUGGAAAAUCGCGUCUGGACAGUCAAACCUAAAUUCCACAAACGUAUAACAUCCUAUGUAAAUAUCAAAUUCUCAUGGAGUUUCCAGCAGGGUAUCAAAAUAUUCUUUGAUGGUAAAAACGUGGCUUAUAGUAAAAAAUACAAAAGAUUAAGAAAAUUACCAAAGAUUUUCAAGAAGUUCCUGAUUGGCCGUUCUGUCGAUGGCAAAAGAUUUGGUUCCUUCUAUUUGGCUGAUUGGAGUGUUAUAUUUGCUGUUGAUGAAAUUAUACAGAAGUUUGAUAUCAAUGUUGAAUUACCUAAAUUUGAAACUAGACCCAUUGUAGAAAUGACUGUUCACAAUGAAACUAAACAAGUCAGUUUUGAUUGUAAAUUUAAAGAACUCACCAAGAGUAAUCUGAAGUAUAGUAUAAAAUGGUAUUUGAAUACUAAGGUAUUGUCAGAGGAAACCGUCAAUAUUGUCGAUGGUUUUGGCACCAGUCAAUUGACCGAAGAUCAGUUUGAAAAUCUGGAAUUGAAUGAUCAGAUCUAUUGUGCUGUAUCAGCUUGUGUAGAAAAUAAUUGUGAGGAAACAAAAGGUCCUGAAAGAAACAGCUUACCCAUCAUAGCUCACGUCAAGAUUUUAACAGAAAAGGUUACAGUUUAUGAAGGAAGUAUGUUCAACUACAUUGAAAUUACUGCAACUGUUCCUCCCAGACUUUUCUGUUUGGCACAAGAUAGAGAAAGAUCUUGUCGUCUGCUUGUUAGAACUCUCCUGUCUAGGGAAAGAAGAGAAGUGAAAUGUCAGACUGGUGAAGAAAUUGUCCAGGCUGUUUUUGGUGUUGCUCAUGUUGAUGAUAAAAUGCCACCAUGUGCAUAUUCUAUAACUAUGGACAACUGGAUGACAAAUCUACGUAUACCAAUAAAAGGUACCAUUGAUCAACUUAAAGACCGAGACCAGAAGAGAGAAGUCAAGAUUACUGUGGACGUUUAUGCAUCAGAACUGAUCUUCCAAAGCGUUAUUAUAGGGGAAGUAGAGCUUACAAUAAAAGAUAGAGACAGAACAUCUAUGUGUAAAACCUAUGGUGAUCCACAUAUUUACAGUUUUGAUAAUACAAGGCACAAUAAUUUCUAUGAAGGUGAAUUUUUGAUGUACAAACAUAAGACUCUACCAUACGAGGUUCAUACAUUCCAAAGAGAUUGUGGAGGCAGAGUGAAGGUAUCAUGUAAUUGUGCUGUAGCUAUCAAAUCAGGUGAUGAUGUCAUUGUUAUGGAUAGGUGUGGACCCAAACGCCAAGGUCGAGGCAGGUUUAUACCACUAGAACCUAGAAUUUACCUUAAUGGAGAAUUGACACCAGGUACCAAGAUAUUCAGAUACAGAGGUGGACGUAAAUUUGAGGUUGUGUUACCAACAGGAACGCGAGUAAAAGUUGUCCACGGAAAAAGUGGUUUUUCUGCUUAUCUUAGAAUCUAUGUCAAGGCUUCAUCCAUAGACUACAUGAACGUUGAAGGAUUCUGUGGUCCAUUUGAUGAUGACAAGAGUAAUGAUUUGAUGUUAGCUGAUGGUACUUUAUAUCCUGGUAGAUCCAAGCAUCCUGAUUCAUUUAUUGUCAGUUGGAGAGUUUCAAAAUCUGAGAGUUUAUACUAUGGUACUUGUCCAGAAGAGGAAGUUGAUGCAAUUGUGGAUGAAACUAAAUAUUGUCAAUGUUUGGAAGAUUCUGAAGCUGUUUGUGAUGCUGGUUUGGACAUUGGACCGUGUACUGCUAAAACAUCCCGAAGGAGAGCAACUGAUAUAACUAAUUCAUUGGUUGUUUCUGCUAGAGAUGUUCAACAUUGUCUGAGAAUCAAUCAAAUAGAAUGGGAAUUUACAUUAACCUACACAGCUAUAGUGAUAUCGUGGCCAACACCAAGUGGUAUAACAUUAGAUAUAGCAGUAUCUAUCUGUAGAAAUUUCAUUAUUAAUACUGGUAUUUACGAAAAGUGUAAGAACUUUAUAGAUCUUGAUGCUGCCUUAUUAUCAUGUGUUGAAGACAUUCAGAUUUUGGAUGAUAAAAAGGAAGUGACUGGAACAUUAUUUGAUGAUGUCUUCUUGACUUGUAUGACUUCUGUAGAAAUUGAUGUUUCUCUGUGGAUUACAGUUGAAGGAGGGUUGAUUAUUCCACCUCCAGCCAUUACUGAUAAACUGUGCCCUGAUGACUGUAAUGGACAUGGCAAAUGUGAUCAAGGUGUAUGUAAAUGUGAUAAAGAUUGGCUAGGUACAGCAUGUGAUGUCAAUGCUAAAGAACCACCAACAUUGAUAUCUAUCUCCGGUAAUGAAUUCUGUGAUAACCAAAGAUUCAACUGUUUCUCUGUAACUGUCUUUGGUCUAGACUUUGCUGAGGUGGACACAUUGAAAUGUCAGUUAGUUAAAGAUGGGGAAACAAUUGUUGUACCAGCAGAAUUUCACAGCCCAGAGAAUGUCAUAUGUAAGAUACCAACAACAUGGUAUGGUAAAGUAACUAUUUCAGUUUGUAAUGAUGGUAUAACAUUUAGUAUUAUUAAACUAGAAUAUACUAUUUACAACUCAGUGUGUCAAGUCUGUAACAAAGAUGGCUGCAAUGAACGGGAUGAUGUAUGCAGAAUCAAUGGAAAAUGUCUUGCUGAUGGUUUCUUCGAUCCAGAAGAUGCUUCUAAAUAUUGUUCAGUUAAAUUAUCAAAGACUGAUUGGACUGUCAUUAGCAUUGAUGAAAUAAAGGAAAAAAGAAUCACAUUUAAAGAAAUUAUUGAUAGAAUUAUUAUAACAAACAGUGUUAACAUCACAUUUACUGGAAACGUUAGACUAGAAAUCAACGAACGUAAUAAGAAAGCUAUUAAAUGUGGAGUUGGUGCUUUCCUAGAUUUGACGUCUGUCAACCAUCCAUGUUUUAGUGAUCCUGAUAAAUGUACCCUCGGACUGACCUUCUCAUUUUCACUGAAAUUGAAAACAAUAAAAGAUGACUCGUACCUGUUGUCAAGCUGUGCUGAGGAAACAGACGGUAUUGGAAUGUCAAUUUAUUACAAACGAAAGCGAAUGUAUAUCACUGUCAGUUCCAGAAAACGGCAAUGGAUACUGAUCAGUAAAAAUAUCAAACUCAACAAAUAUUUUGAUUAUGAAGUUUCUUGGAGCAAACAGACGGGUUUACAAUUGUAUGUAGAUAAAAAGAGCAAUGCUAAAACUACCAAAUAUUUUGACAGAGAUGUGCAGACGCCAUUACAAUGUAACCUGUUCCUUGGUAAGAAAGCUAAACCAGGUUCACAGAAUAUUAUGAAUGAAUUUGAAAUCGAGCUAUGGCAGGCUGUAUAUGCUGUGAAAGAAGUCGUUCAGAAGUUGGAUGUAGUUGUUGGCUAUCCAAAAUUGCCCAAAUUGCCAGAAGUAAAGGUUGAAAUCUUAGAAAGUAGAAAAGUCAAUUUUGUGUGUGAAUUUGAACUGAUUAAAGGUUAUGAUGUAGAGUAUGAGAUAGAAUAUUAUCUAGGUGAAACAUCAUUAUUUAAAGAUAGAUUAAAAGAUGGAAUUAUACCUAGAUUAGCUAGUAAUAAGAUCACCAAAAUUACUUCAAAUAUGCAGAUUAAAUGUAGUGUGGUGGCAUGCUUUAAAGAUAAUUGUGAAGGAAGUCAAGGACCACCAUCUGUAGGUCCUGGAGUCAGUCCUGGUAUUCAGAUUAUUACCAAGAGUUUGACUGUUAUUGAAGGCUCAAUCAAUGAAAUGAUUAAGAUCAAGAGUAAUGUACCACCAUCUUUCUUCUGUGGUGAUGAUGAAGACUGCGAAGUGAGAAUUAUGGCUGGUAUUCGAGCUGCCAAAGAACAGAAAUGUCCCGAUAAGCGAGUCAUACCUCAAGCUGUGAUAGCAUGGACUGGAGAUGUUGACCAAGCACCAUUCUGUGGGGUGACACUCAGCAAAGCGAAAUGGAAUGAGUAUCAUUUGAUUGCUGUCAAAGGUGUGGUAGACUCUCUAAAAGAUGGAGAUAAAAAUAGAGUUGUUGAAGUUUGGGUGUCUGUCAUCACUAAAGUCAAAACCAUCAAGAUUGAACUAGGACAGGUCAAGCUUAAAAUCAAAGAUGGCGAUAAAGCCUCGAUAUGUAAAUCAGUAAAUGAUCCACAUAUUACAACAUUCGAUGGAAGACGUUAUGACAAUUUCUUUGAAGGAGAGUUUGUCCUUUAUAGACAUGAAACUUUACCUUAUGCUGUUCAUGCUUUCUACCGAGCUUGUAGUGAUAGCAAAUAUUCUACAGCUUCCUGUAAUUGUGCUGUGGCCAUUAGAGUUGAUGAUGAUGUUCUAGUCUUAGAUAAAUGUGGGGCUAAGAGAACCUAUAGACCAUACCCAAUGAAGAUCACACUGUAUCAAAAUGAGGAGCUGACAGAAGGUUUUAUUAUCACACAGGAAAGGUCUAGAAAGUACAGGAUUUAUCUACCAAACGGUGUCAAAGUUGUUGUCAAAACCCAACGAAUGAAGAGUUUGAUGAACAUCUGGGUAACUUCAUCUUCCACUGAUGUCGGACAAACUGAAGGUCUGUGUGGUGUUUUGGAUGGAGAUAAGUCCAAUGAUUUGAAAAUGAGAAAUGGACAAAUUUCAACCGAGAAGGACAAAUUCCCAGAUGCUUUCUCAAAAACAUGGAGAGUAAGUAAAGAAGAAUCACUGUAUGAUGGUUAUUGUGGUAAAACAACAUUGAAAGAGAAGUCUGCAGUAUACUGUGAUUGUAUGUUUGGAGAAGAGGCCGUAUGUUCACCUGGUCUUGAUGUCUUUGAUUGUAGAAAGAAAUCUAAGAAACCUAGAAGUAGAGUAAAAGAUAUCACUAAUAGGCUAUCAGAAGACUCAGUCCGACCACUGAAAUGUGUCUCAACAGAACCAAGAGUAACAUUUGAAUAUAAUAUUACUUAUAUUCAUAAGGUUGUAAAUUAUGGUAUUAAAUUUGAUGAAGCAGAAGGACAUUGUAAUAACAAACUGGGAUCAUUACCAGCAGUUAAAGACAUUAAAGAUAUAAUUGGUGUUGACAAUGUACAGGCUUCAUUAGAAUUCUGUGUUAAUGAUAUCAUGCUAACUGGAGACUACACAUGGGUCAAUGUAUUGUUGGACAAUGUCAAAGAACAAUGUAUAUUGAAUGUUGAGGUUAAUGUAGACAAAUGGAUAACAGGACCAGAUAACAUUCCUCUCUUACCACCAGCAAUUGAUAAUAUCUGUCCCAAUGAAUGUAGUGGAAAUGGUACUUGUAAGGAAGUAAUUGAUAAUAUCUGUCCCAAUAAAUGUAGUGGAAAGGGUACUUGUAAGGAAGCAAUUGAUGAUAUCUGUCCCAAUAAAUGUAGUGGAAAGGGUACUUGUAAGGAAGCAAUUGAUGAUAUCUGUCCCAAUGAAUGUAGUGGAAAGGGUACUUGUAAGGAAGGAGAAUGUGAAUGUAAUGAAGGUUUUAAGGGAGAUGAUUGUUCCAUAGCUAUUGCUCGACCACCUGAUGUUGUUUCUAUAUCUGAAGGUCCAUUGUGUGAUACUCUUCAAAACAACUGUUCCAUUAUCAAUAUUUAUGGCCUUCAGUUUGCUGAAACCAUUUGGUGUAAAUUCCAAAAAUUAACAAUGACAACAUUCCAAAUAGAUACUGGUAAAGCUGCUGAAAUCAAUGUUGGUAUUUAUCAAAGUGAAGAACAGAUACAGUGUAUGGUACCUGAUCCAUCAAGUAGCUACUUUGUUAGUAUCAGUAAUGAUCAAAUAGAAUUCAGUGCUACUCUAAAGAUUGUGGUCUAUAGCUCAACUUGUAUGACCUGUACUGAUACUGGUUGUACAGAGAGGAAUGACGUCUGCAAGAUUGAAGGUAAAUGUUAUGAAAAUGGAUUUGUCAAUGAAGAAGAUGAAAGUGAGAUAGUAGGCAACAUCUUGGUUACGAAGGCUUAUAACUUAACUCUUGUUGGAUCACCAGUCACAGACGUUGGACCAUUGGGAGGAUUGGCCAUAGUUCUAAAUGGUUUAGGACAGUACAUUGUUCUUGGUGAUAGGGUCGGCGAAUGUCUGGGAGAUAUUGAAAAAUGUCCACUUGGUCUGACCAUCUCAUUCAAGCUGAAAUUUAAGUCUCUAAUUGAAGGUGGAAUUAUCUUGAGUAGUGGGGCUGAGAAACGUGACAAAUAUGGUAUGGUCAUGUGGUACGAAAAUGGACGCAUCAAUCUUAAAGUCAGCACCAAGACCAAGGAAUGGUCUGUGUCUGUCAGUAAAGUGUCUCUUAAUAAAUUUGUGAAAUUCAAAUUUUCUUGGAGCCGACAGAUUGGCUUGAGGUUCUAUUUGGAUGAAAAAUUGGAAGUAAACAACAAAAAGUUCAUAGCAAGAACUGCUGCUACUGUUGCACGAUCAACCAAAUUUCACAUUGGUUGUGGUGUAGAACAGGAAAGAUUUGCUAAUUUUACCAUUCAAAGUUUGAAGAUUGUCGAAGCUAUUGAAGAAACAACUGAAAAAUUGAAAGUCAUCACAGAGCUACCUGUCUUUGAAAUGGCACCAAAAUUGAAAGUAGUGGUCGACAAACUGAUAUCAUUAGAGUGUAGUUUUGAGAAGUUAACUGAGGUAGAAAAUGAAAAAUACACUGUGAAAUUUUAUUCUGGGGAAACUGUCAUUGAAACAGUUACAGUAACAGACGGAAACUCAACCACUAUUGAUGAAAGCAAACUUGGAAAAUUGACAUUUGGUGGCUCCCUUAAAUGUGGUGUAUCAGCAUGUUUUACCAAUGAUUGUUUUGAAACUAGUGGUCCAGAAAGAAUGAGUGAAGUUAUCCAAACAUCCAUUCAGGUCUUGACAAAAGAAAUCACAGUAUACGAAGGUGGAGUUGAAGAAUACAUAAUGGUAUCAACAUUAUUCCCUCCAAGACUAUUCUGUGCUGCCAAUGAGGAUUGUCGCUUCAGAAUCAAACCAUCAUUCCUGAGUGUCAAAAAGGAAAUAAAGUGUGCUGACAGACGUGAAAUACCCCAGGCUCUGAUUGGAUGGAUGGGUGGUAAAGAGGAAACAGCAUUCUGUGGAGCUGAUAUCACUCAGACUAAUUGGGAAACUGUUCUCAAGAUUCCAGUAAAGGCCUCCAUUGAUUCCUUGAAAGACAAAGAUCAGACUCGUAAAAUCCAAAUUUCAGUUCAACUGAUUAGGAACACUGUGGUUGAAAGUUUGAAUUUCCAGCAUAUUAUUGUUGUAACUAUAAUAGAUCAAGAUAGAAUCAGAUUAUGUAGUAGUACAGGUGAUCCUCAUAUGAAAACAUUUGAUGGAAGAAAGUAUAACAAUUUCUUGGAAGGUGAAUUCCUGAUGUAUAAACACAAAACUCUACCAUACGAAGUACAGGGCUUCUAUAGAAGUUGUUUGAAUAAAGCAGCAUGUACUUGUGCUGUUGCUGUUAGAUCUGGUGAUGAUGUGGUAGUCAUUGAUAGAUGUGGUUCUAUGCGUGGUAAACCAAACCGCCGUACACCACUUACAAUCAAUUUAUAUUUGAAUGGUGAAUUGACUCCUGGUACCAGGAUCUUAAGAUACAGAAAUGGAAAAGAAUUCAGGGUGAUAUUACCAACUGGUGCUAUGGUCAAAGUCAGGAAGUCAAAGGCUGUUGGAGGAAGAUAUCUGGAUGCCUGGAUUAAACCAGCUACAGUAGACAGAGACAAUGCUAUAGGUUUAUGUGGUAAUUUUGAUGGUGAUAAUACUAAUGAUUUGAUCAUACGACAAACUGGUGUCUUGUUCACAAAGAGAACCAAACAACCCACAGAAUUCUCAAAGAGUUGGAGAGUCACAAAAGAAGAAUCACUUUAUACUGGAUCAUGUGUACUAGAGGAGAAAAAGGUUGAAAAGGAACCAAUAUUCUGUAGCUGUCAAGGUGAAACAGAAGUCUGUGGACUCUUAACCAAAGACACUUCCUGUUCCUCAGUGAGCACAAAACAAAGAGGCAGGCGUGGAAGGAGAGGAGAAGACAUCACUGAGAAACUAAUGACAUCUCUUGAUACCCAGAAUCCACCUAAAAAAUGUCUGACUCAACAGAUUUUAGUUUUCUUUGAGUUUGACAUCAACUAUGUUUUCCCAGAAGUGUCAUGGCCGACUGCAAGUGGUAGAACAGAAGUACAAGCAGCAGCAGAAUGUAAACGAGUUAUUGAAGAAUCAGUAUCAGGAGCAGCCUGUAAAAAAGUAGCUGGUGUUGCAGUAACUGAGAGUUUGGCUACUUGUAUUGAAGAUAUAAAGAUUACUGAUCUUGUAGAAUGGGCUGAAUCAGCCUUCAAUAACUUUAUUGAAGAGUGUACCAAUACCAUUGAGAACAAUGUUGAACUGUGGGAAACAAAGAAUAUCAAUGGUACAGAAGAAAUCAUACCACCACCAGAUAUUGUGGAUAAAAUAUGUGAUGGUGAUUGUAGUGGACAUGGUACCUGUGUAGAGGGUGAAUGUGAAUGUGAAGAGAAUUAUACUGGAGAUGAUUGCUCACUCAAUAAACAAGAACCACCAGUACUUUAUGAAGUCUUGAAACCAAUCUGUGACACCAGACUUUCUAAUUGCAAACAGAUCGCUGUCUUUGGUGCUUCUUUCAUCCAGUCUGAAAAUUUAGUUUGUAAACUGGAAAAAAUGCAGAGAACAGACGUCACUUUCACAGCAACUGGUGAUACUUUAACUGUCAAUGCUACCUUUAUUAGUGAUGAACAAGUCAGAUGUGAAGUAGAUACAGCUAAUACGUAUCGUGUUGCUGUUAGUAAUGAUGGUGGAAAACUAGACAGUACUACUAAGGCAUUGUUUGUAUCAUACGAUUCCGCCUGCUACUCUUGUACCAAAGAUGGUUGCACCUUAAAGUCGGAUGUCUGUGAUAUUAACAAUGAAUGUUAUGGUGAAGGAUUUGUUAAUCUGGAAAAUUACGUACAGAAAUGUUCACCUGGAAAGACAACAUGGACUGAUAUAACCAAGGAAGAAAUCAAGGUCUUCAAAUUCUUUUUCCUUCGUAUUGAACAGAACAAAUUAGUUACAUUAUCUGGUAAUUUUGACUUGUUUAAUAACCCCUCGUUCACAGAUGGUAUGAAAGGCAACAAAGCAAUUCAGUUGAACAGUGAACAAAAACAAUACAUGACAAUAUCAGAUAACGUGGCCUGUAUUCUCAAUCCCAUGAAUUGUAAAUUAGGGCUGACUAUUUCAUUUAAUAUUCGUGUUCGCAAAUUCGAGGAGAAUGUUGUCUUGCUUACCAGUGGAGCUGAUAAGGAAGAUGGUUAUGGGUUAGCUUUGAUCAGAAAAACAAACAGCUUCCUGCUAGUAAUCAGCACUGACACUCAAGAAUGGUCAAUCCUCACUCAAGAUAUACAACUCAAUGUUUUUGUCUCUGUCAAAAUUUCAUGGAGCGUUCAAAUUGGUUUAAAAUUGUAUUUGGAUGGUGAAGAAAAGGCCACUGCAAAGACAUUCAUUCCAAGAAAUGUGACUGCAACAGAGACUGACAGGUUCAUUGUUGGAAAAGCUGCCGAGAAAGAAGCCUUUGCUGAUAUGGACAUCGAACACGUUCAAGUCAUUGAUGCUGUGCAGGAAACUGCUGAUGCCUUAAAUGUAGAUGUUGAAGAGACAACGGAAGCCCCUCAAACAACAGAGACAUCGACUAAUAGUACAACAGAUACCACAGAUGGAAGAACCGAAAGUACUACUGAUGGAGUAAGUGAAAGUACUACUGAAAGUGCAACUGAAAGCACUACAGAUGGAAUAACUGAAAGUACUACUGAUGGAGUAACCGAAAGUACGUCUGAAAGCACAACAGAUGGAGUAACCGAAAGUACAACUGAAAGCACAACAGAUGGAGUAACCGAAAGUACCACUGAAAGUGCAACUGAAAUUACGACUGAUGGAACAACAGAAAGUACUACUGAUGGAGCAACUGAAAGUACUACUGAUGGAGCAACAGAAAGUACUACUGAUGGAGCAACUGAAAGUACUACUGAUACAGCAACAGAAAGUACUACAGAUACAGCAACAGAAAGUACUACAGAUACAGCAACAGAAAGUACUACAGAUACAGCAACAGAAAGUACUACAGAUACAGCAACAGAAAGUACUACAGAUACAGCAACAGAAAGUACUACAGAUACAGCAACAGAAAGUACUACAGAUACAGCAACAGAAAGCACCACGGAUUCAACAACUUCUACUAAAUGCAUAGACUCUGCUGAUAGCUACCCCAAGAUGCCUGGAGCUCCAGAUUUAACCUUUGAACAAGUUGAUGAUAAGCUGUCUUUCACCUGUACACCACAGAAGGUCACUAGUGAAGAUGGUGUGGUUUACACUGUUACAUGGGUGGUGAAUGCUAUAGAUGUUGGUACUGGUGACAUCGCUACAGAGGAAUCUCACAUUCUCAGUUACCAGGAUAUCACCAACUCUGAAGCUGUUUUAGAUAGUGGAAUAUCAUGUAAAGUAACUGCUAGAAAUCCUAGAAGAUGUGUUGUGGAGACCAGUCCAGCCAUAUCCAGUAUACCUCUCCCAGCAUUCACUAGACAGGUUGUUGAUGCAGAGAACAUGGAAUUAGUCGAAGGAGCAGCCUCAAAAUCAGUCAAAGUAACAUUGAGUCAGUCCCAACAAUAUUACUGUUUGCUGAAAUUCAAACAAACUUGUGAAAUCUCCUUUGAAGCUAAAGCUAUACGAGCUGACAAACCAAACAAAUGUAUCAAUGGAAAACUCAUUAAUGGUAUAGCUGUUGAUUACACUGGAGAACUAGCUACAGCAUCUUGUAAAGCUCCAAUGACAGGUCAAGAACAUACCAUAUCAUUAUCAGCAGUGUCAGAUAGGAAGGUCAUGAGAACAGAUGUGGAAUCAACUGUACAGAUCAUAGAACAUGUUUCUUAUGGAGAACAAACCAAAUCAGAAACUCUUGGAGAGUUUAAGGUCAAAGUUAAGAGUGUAGAUGUCCGAGGAGCCUAUUGUAAAACUGUAGGAGAUCCUCACAUCAGAACUUUUGAUGGGCAAACAUUUGAUAAUUUGAGAACUGGUGAAUUUACCAUUUAUAAAAAUACUGAAAUGGAAGUUGAGGUACGAGGUUUGUUUACGGAGACUGGUAGUGGCAGUAGUAGUUGUGGAUUUUUAGUCAGAUCGGGAGAUGAUAUCAUUAAACUUAGUAAAUGUGAACUUGAAGAGAAUUCGGAAGCCUUCCCUCUGAUACCAGAAUUGCUACUGAAGGAUGAAUUGACACCAAAUACCAAAAUUUUCCAAGAAAAUGGUGGCAAUAAAUACAAGAUUCUGUUGCCCUCAGGAACUCAAAUUGUAGUACGAAAUGAUGUUAAAAGAGCAACAAAUGUUUGGAUUGUUCCAUCUGGAGAAGAUUUUGGCAAGACAACUGGUUUAUGUGGUAAUUAUAAUGAUGAUGAUACUGAUGAUGUUAGGAGCAAAGAUGGUACUGAUUAUACUGUUGAUGAUGCUACUGUUGAUGAUGCUUUCCUCUUAUCAUGGAGGAUUGAAGAUAGUGCUAGUCAAUAUUCAGGAUAUGUAGGAACAUUGAAUAUGCCGACUCCUAUAUAUUGCACUUGUUAUGAUGGGGAAGAUCCAGUUUGUGGUUAUUUUAAUAAUAUUGAUGACUGUGGAGUGACCACAUCAGGUGAGGAAAUCACUCAAAGAUUAUUAGAUGAUGCAAAAGCACAAGCUGAACAACAAGCAGUUACCAGAAGAAAGAGAGCCACCAACUCAUUUCAAUAUAAUCCUGACUUUAAUGCAGCAGCUUCUGCUACCUGGCCUACAGCAUCUGGUAUAACUGAAGCUAAAGCUAGAGAAUUAUGUACUAGCAGGAUUCAGGUUUCUAAAGCCUUUAAAGCCUGUUCUAAUUUCUCAGCAACAAACUAUGCCACUGAAAUCAACAACUGUGUUACAGAUGUUAAGCUAACUGAUGAUAUAUCCUGGGCAGAUGCUACAUUAGCAGACAUACAAGAACAGUGUGAAAUUGAUGUAUUGAAAAAUCCUGAAAAUUGGGUCAAUCAGUCUAAUGGUAUUCCAGCUCUACCAACAACUAUAACUACAUCACUUUGUCUAAAUGAUUGCAGUGGAAAUGGAACAUGUGUUGAUGGAUCAUGUGACUGCAAUACUGGCUAUGCUGGUAUAGAUUGUUCAUCAACUACUACUGUAGCCCCUACAGUCCUACCUGGCUCCAGCAACGCUUUAUGUGAUCAAUCUACAGCUUGUGACCAGAUCGUAAUCAGAGGAGAUAACUUCCACCAGUCUUCUAAUUGUCAUAUGGAAGAGAUUGAGAUCGACGAAUCUGGUAUUAAAUCAAGAGGGGAAGUGUUUUUGAUUGCUGCAAAAUAUAGAAGUACAUAUGAAGUAUCAUGUCCUAUGCCUAAUGAUGUUAAGAGAAGCUAUGCCAUACGUAUCAGCAAUAAUGCAGGUGAUAAGUCAUUUGCUGAGGCAUUAUUCAGUGUCUAUGAUCCAAAAUGUUUAGCUUGUACAGUCAGCUCUAAGGAUUCAACUGGAACCUGUCCGAGAAGGAGUGAUGUAUGUCAUAUUGAAAAAAAAUGUAUUCAACCAAAUAGUAUUAAAACCGGUGAACCAUGCUAUAUAUGUAAUCCUCCAAUAUCUACAACUUCUUGGUCCAGCACAGGAGCAUCUGGUUGCCCAUCACCACCACCACCAACAAAAUCACCAACUACGAGUAAACCAAAGAUAGAUAUGACCGAUAAUGAUACACGUACAGCUAUUAUUGUAUCUGGUACCAUAGCUAGUACUAUAUUGGUAGUUAUCAUACUAGUGUCUGUAGUCUUUUAUAGGAGACAUAUGUUAAGAAAAGAAAGAAAAAUACCAUCCUAUUCAGGCUCAGAUGAUGGCAUAUACAACAAUGGAAGUCGAGUCUAUGAUGGUUUCCAUGGUUUACGGACCGAAAACACCUUAACUCUGCGACCAAGAGAAUAUCUAGGUGGAACCUUAUAA